ACACCAGUCAAAGGCAUAUGAGCAAGCAGGUUGUGAACAGCCCUGAAGCCGUUGCUCCUGGACCCCGUGAAGGUGCGGGAGUUUUAAGAAUCAGUUCUGAAAAUGAUAUGCAGAAUGUCCCAUCUCCAUCCCCCGCUGUGAUGGCCGGGCUUUCCCCACCGCUCUCUAACGACAUCAAAACAAUUUCCUCCGAAGAACCUAAACCAAACGAUUUUGAAAGGACCAAAGUAGGGGUCUGCAAGCUCAGCAGCACCCCGGUGCAAGCCAGUUCCGCCAUCCGGAGGGGAUCUGUGGAAACCUUCCCAUGCAAACACAGCCCCGGGGCAGGGCCCGUCGGGCAAGCUGCGAUCCCUCACUGCAAAAUUCCCGCUUUGCAAAGCACCGACGGGGACGCUAACCUAAACCUUGGUAAGAGCACACUGGAGCAAAACGCCAAGGGCUCCUGGGUGACCUUGAGCCAGAGUACCGUGGUACUGGGCACAGAUGGCAACACUUCUGUUCUUCCUGGCAGAGUGGAGGGGGAAGACGAUGUGGGGGAUGAAAAUAAAGCCAGAGGCAACUGGUCUAGCAAGCUGGACUUCAUCCUCUCCAUGGUGGGUUAUGCAGUGGGGCUGGGCAAUGUCUGGAGGUUCCCGUACCUGGCCUUUAAGAAUGGGGGAGGUGCGUUUCUCAUCCCCUACCUGAUGAUGCUGGCUCUGGCCGGGAUCCCCAUUUUCUUCCUGGAGGUAUCCCUGGGGCAGUUCGCCAGCCAGGGCCCCGUGUCGGUGUGGAAAGCCAUCCCCGCCCUGCAAGGCUGUGGCAUCGCGAUGCUGAUCAUCUCGGUCCUGAUAGCCAUAUACUACAACAUUAUCCUCUGCUACACGCUUUUCUACCUUUUUGCAUCCUUUGUUCCCGUGCUCCCCUGGGCUUCUUGCAACAACCCCUGGAACACACCAGACUGUAAAGAUAAAAACAAACUUUUGUUAGAUUCCUGCAUUAUUGGUGACCACCCAAAAAUACAAAUCAAAAACUCCACUUUUUGUAUGAGUGCCUAUCCAAACCUGACUAUGGUUAACUUCACCAGUGAAGGCAACAAAACCUUUGUCAGUGGAAGUGAAGAAUACUUCAAGUACUUUGUACUGAAGAUUUCAGCAGGGAUUGAAUAUCCUGGUGAGAUCAGAUGGCCCUUGGCAUUAUCUCUUUUCCUAGCUUGGGUGAUUGUCUAUGCCUCCCUUGCUAAAGGAAUCAAGUCAUCAGGAAAAGUGGUGUACUUUACAGCUACGUUCCCCUAUGUAGUUCUCAUCAUCCUUCUUAUAAGAGGAGUAACUCUACCUGGAGCUGGAGCUGGAAUCUGGUACUUCAUCACGCCAAAGUGGGAGAAGCUAAUUGAUGCUAUGGUUUGGAAGGAUGCUGCCACUCAGAUUUUCUUCUCUUUAUCUGCAGCAUGGGGAGGCCUCAUUACUCUCUCUUCUUACAACAAAUUUCAUAAUAACUGCUACAGGGACACAUUGAUAGUCACAUGUACCAACAGUGCCACAAGUAUAUUUGCAGGUUUUGUCAUCUUCUCAGUUAUUGGCUUCAUGGCAAAUGAACUCAAAGUGAAUAUUGAAGCUGUGGCAGACCAAGGUCCUGGAAUUGCUUUCGUGGUUUACCCAGAAGCCUUAACUAGGCUUCCCCUCUCACCAUUCUGGGCUAUAAUAUUCUUUUUGAUGCUACUGACUCUUGGAUUGGACACUAUGUUUGCCACUAUUGAGACUAUAGUGACUUCUGUUUCGGAUGAGUUCCCCAAAUACUUGCGUACACACAAGCCACUGUUCACUCUCGGGUGCUGCAUCUCCUUUUUCAUCAUGGGAUUUCCUAUGAUCACUCAGGGUGGAAUGUAUAUGUUACAGCUUGUGGACACUUACGCAGCUUCUUACUCUCUUGUCAUCAUUGCCAUCUUUGAGCUGGUUGGAGUUUCCUAUAUAUAUGGAUUACAAAGAUUUUGUGAAGAUAUAGAAAUGAUGAUUGGAUUUAAGCCAAGCAAAUUCUGGAGAGUCUGCUGGGCAUUCGUGACCCCAACUAUUUUAACAUUUAUUCUUUGCUUCAGUUUUUACCAAUGGGAACCAAUGACUUAUGGAGCUUACCAUUAUCCAGGCUGGUCCAUGGUGCUUGGAUGGCUGAUGCUGGCCUGUUCAGUUAUCUGGAUCCCAGUUAUGUUUGUGAUAAAAAUGCAUCUAGCCCCAGGCAAAUUUAUUGAGUAUCUCCUCAAGAAGCCAUCAUAUAAUUUGUGCCUAACUUUGUAUUCUUACUGUGUGUUGCCAAUUCUAGGCACUGCUGGAGACCUUUAAUCCUCAGGCAGGACAAGCGAAGCGAGGGCAGAUUUUGCAGCAUCUUGUGCUGGCCCUGAAUCUCCACUCCACGGGCUCUGUUGUUCCCUGUCUCCCACGGCAGAAAGAGUGGACCCUUCUGUGAGCUUCUCUGCCUUAAUUCUGCUUUGCCUGCUGUUUUAAUGAGGGGUUUGUUGUUGUUAAUCCUGGCUUUUAUUUUCCUAGCAGAGGCAGGUAUGAGAAGCCAUGCUGUUUGGUGUACAAGGUCCAUAAGGGCGAGCUGGAAAUUUGGCUCCCAUGUCUACACAGCGCUGAGGGGCCCUCUCUGGUUGAAGAAGGGGACGUAAGUCAGCACCUUUAGUGAGAAUUCGGUAUUUUUGUCAGGAUAAAUAGCUUUAGGCCUCUCUUCACCAAUAUUACCUAGCAUCUUGGUUUGAUUUUAAGAGUCCAGGCCAGUUUUUCUUCACUACUACUGUGAUUGAAAAAA